AUGACAAAUUCCAUAAUCAUACUUUCUCUAUUUAUCUUUUCUUCUUUAGCCUUACUUACGAACCAAACAGAUGUACUUUCAUUGCUUGCUUUCAAAGAAGCUAUAGACGUCGAUCCAAACGGCGCUCUAAACUCGUGGAAUCGAACGACAAACUUUUGCAGAUGGAACGGAAUCACAUGCGGUCGUAAGCACCCGAAUCGAGUUGUCGCCAUAAACUUGGAUUCUCAAGGCUUGAUUGGAUCACUCUCACCUCAUAUAGGUAAUCUUUCCUUUCUCCGAACCAUCAGUCUUCAAAACAACGGCUUCAGUGGCCGAAUUCCACAAGAAAUCGGACAACUACAGCGACUCGAGAGUAUACUAUUUAGUAAUAAUUCUUUCAAUGGCAUUAUACCUAGAAAUAUAUCCCAAUGUAGAAACCUAGUUUAUCUUUACUUGAUAGACAACAAUCUCUCCGGAAAUAUACCCUCCGAGCUCGGCCUUUUGUACAAACUCGAACUUUUAAGCUUGACGAGGAACACACUUUUAGGGCCUAUCCCUCAAUCUAUAGGAAACCUAACAUCUCUACAAAGACUUUCUUUAAGGUCUUGCGGUUUGAUCGGAGAAAUCCCGGAAUCUUUUUCUCGUCUUCGUAGACUAAUUUUUAUUCAAAUAGGCGAAAACAAUCUCACCGGCCCAAUUCCGACUAGUUUAUUCAAUAUCUCUACUAUAGAAUUUUUAGGAGUUUCGUUUAAUGGUUUUCGAGGAUCUAUACCUUCUACUAUAGGACUCACUCUGCCUAACUUACAACUCCUUUACAUGGGUUCGAAUCGACUUAGUGGGCGUUUUCCGGUUUCCAUCUCGAACGCUUCCUCUCUCCAAGAGUUGGUUUUUCCAAUCAAUUACUUUAGUGGUCCCUUGCCGAGUUUCGAAGGGCUUUCGCAACUACAACUCUUGUACGCUGCGGAUAACAACAUUGAAGACAAUGUUAGUUCGAUCAUUUCUUCAUUGACAAAUUGCACGAACUUACGAGGUCUCGAUUUAAGUAUAAAUCCAUUGAGAGGUUCGCUACCGGAAACCAUAGGCAAUCUCUCGAUCAAUCUUGAUCAUAUAGGGCUUGCUAGUACAGGAAUAUACGGAAAAAUUCCGAACGGUAUAGGAAAUCUUGUUAAGCUCACUUACUUGUAUUUUUAUGACAACAAUCUCGAAGGUCCUUUACCUUUGAGUAUCGGAAAACUUUCUAUUUUGGGUAUUCUCUUCUUGUCCGAAAAUAGAUUCUCGGGCGAAAUACCAUCUAUAUUCGGAAACUUGAGCUUGUUGACUAAUUUGUACAUGCAAGGAAACAACUUUUCGGGAGCUAUACCUAAGAGUAUCGGUAACAACUCUAACUUGCUAGAAUUACAUAUGUCCCGUAAUAAUCUUAGUGGCUUCAUACCUCAAGAGCUUAUGAAUCUUUCCUCGAUUUCUAUUUCAUUGGAUUUGUCUUACAAUGCGUUUACGGGUUCGAUUCCGGUUGAAGUCGGAUCUUUGAGAAACCUGGCAAGCUUAGAUUUAUCCAACAAUAGAUUGUCCGGACUUAUUCCAAACUCUUUAGGAACGUGCAUUAGCUUGGGACAACUUUACCUGCAGGGUAAUUUAUUCGAAGGACAAAUACCUCGGGGACUAAGUUCUCUGACGGGAUUAGUCGAUUUGGAUCUUUCGCGGAAUAAUUUAUCCGGGACAAUCCCAAGUUUCUUCGGUACUCUACGUCUCCAACAAUUGAAUCUCUCUUUCAAUAUGUUGCAAGGACAAGUGCCGACGACUGGAGUGUUUGAAAAUAAGACUGCGAAUUCUCUACAAGGAAACAAAGACUUGUGCGGAGGAGUUCUCGAGUUGGGACUUUCUCCUUGCACUUCUUCAUCGGUUUCCUCGAAGAAGAAAAACUUAUCCACUCCACUCAAAAUCGCGAUCCCAUUAAUAGUAGGAGUUGCAACAAUUAUGUCCCUCGUCGUUUUUCUUCACUGGAGAAGAACAUCUAACAAAAGUCCGCCUUCUCCGGAAUUAUUAGCUGGCAUCCCUUUCUUGAGGCUUUCGUAUUCCGAUCUACUUAAAGCAACGGGCGGAUUCGCCGAGACUAGCCUUGUAGGUGUCGGAAGUUUUGGAUCUGUUUACAAAGGCAUUCUAGAUGACGGGAUGAAAACGAUCGCUGUGAAAGUGCUGAAUCUUGUGGUGAGAGGGGCAUCUAAGAGCUUCAUGGCGGAAUGCAAUGCGCUUAGAGACAUAAGACACAGAAAUCUCGUGAAAAUAUUGAGUGUUUGUGAGAGCAUAGACUUCCAAGGAAACGACUUCAAAGCGAUUGUUUAUGAGUUUAAGGCUAACUGGAGUUUAGAUAAGUGGUUGUACUACAAUGGGGAACAAGAACAAGAAUCCGACCCACAACUUAGGAAUCUCGAUUUGAUCGAGAGGCUUAAUAUUGCCAUUGAUAUUGCUAUGGCACUCGAAUAUCUCCAUUGUGGUACUGAAUCGACGAUCGUUCACGGUGAUUUGAAGCCGAGUAACAUUCUUUUAGAUGAAGAUAUGAUGGCCUGCGUCGGUGAUUUCGGUCUAGCCAAGAUUAUUUCAAGCGUACAUCCACCACACGAAAGUAGCAGCACAAUUGGAAUAAAGGGUACCAUUGGCUAUGUUCCUCCAGAAUAUGGCACGAGUAACACGGUGUCGGAAAAAGGCGACGUGUAUAGUUAUGGAAUCCUUGUCUUGGAGAUGUUUACGAAUAAAAGACCGACAGACGAUUCAUUUAUGGAUGGCGUCAAUCUUCGCAAUUUUGUUGAAGCUGCAUUGCCGGAUUGCGUAAUGGAAAUUGUGGAUCCUCUCAUUCGAAUAGGCCCUCGCCAGAAUAACAGUAAAUUCGAGGAUUGCAUGUGUUCUAUUAUGAGCAUUGGUUUGUCGUGUUCGAUGGAAAUGCCGAGGGAGAGGAAGCCCAUGACGGAUGUUGUUAAUGAAUUGCAUAAGAUUCAAAAAGAAUUAUGUGGCUAGCCAAGAACAGAUUCGAAGUCUCUUUUUUUCGUGUUUUUUUUUUUUUUUUUAUUCAAUUAAAAAAUGUUUCUGAUUUGUUGUUAUUGUGAUGUUUCAUUACUUUAUGGGGGAUAAUUACACUUUUCGUCCCUAUACAUUACCACUUAAACGA